CGUCAGAGCUCCGACCUGAACUUCCCUCACAUCGGAAGGCGCCGACACUGCUGCCUGCGCAGCCGUUCACCGUGCCCCAGCCGAUGGAGACUGCCGCUGCCCCCGUCUCCCCUGCUCCCCGCACAGUCGAGGACAUCUUUAAGGACUUUUCCAACCGCCGCAGUGCACUCGUCCGCGCUCUCACCGUCGAUGUGGAAGACUUCUACAGGUACUGCGACCAAGAGAAGGAGAAUUCGUGUCUAUACGGACACCCCAACGGUAGUUGGGAGGUCGCGCUGCCGGCGGAGGAGGUGCCGCCGGAGAUGCCGGAGCCGGCGCUAGGGAUCAACUUCGCCAGGGAUGGGAUGCAUCGCCGCGACUGGCUCUCCCUCGUCGCCGUCCACUCGGACUCGUGGCUGCUCUCCGUUGCCUUCUUCUUUGGCGCGCGUCUCAAUGCAAACGAGAGGUACGGUUCUGCCCCAGGCUCAACAUUUUUUGAAAAAUAGUUUAACAAUUUUUCUGUUCUUACUAGUACAAAUGCCCGUGCGUUGCACCGGGCGAAAAAUUAAAACUUGCUCCACUUGCCAUUAUGCAGCACUUCUUUAAUUUAAUUUUUGCAAACGUCAAAAAUAAGGCUACAUUGAGUAUUUCUUUUUUGACCAUGAAAUUUGGACGUACCCUAACAAUGUUCGUCAUGAUCUAUUUCAGUUCUCAUGCGUUGCAACGAGAGUAAAAUAUUAUCACCUGCCCCUAACCCAAUAUAUAAGCCGGGUAUAAUCGCACAUAUAUGUUGUUCAAACAAACCAUUUUCUAGCACAUCGGGUAACUAACAACGGCAAUGAAAAAUGUGACCUUUAGGAUGGUCUUUCUUAAAGAUACGUCGGCCGCCAAUACGGAAGAAGCGCUUCGGCAAAAGCGUCCACACUAAUGGGCCGGCCCAUUAGCGUCUGCAGGAUUGAAAAAAGAGGUGAAGCAAAGGGGCGCACACAGGAAUUGAUACCUAGUCUUAAAGAUGAAUGGGCAGCAUUGCAUGCCAGUUGGGCUAGCGUCAGGUUUACGCUGAAGUAAUAGGGCGCGACCAACUUGGUGCAAAACCAGCUGGUUUUAAAGUGGUUUUCCCGGGUUUUUGUGUUUUUGUUUUCUUAAAACAGGUUUUGUUCUAUUUUAUUCUCAAUUUCCUUUUUAUUUUCUUUUUUCCUUCUUUUUUGCUUUUCAAAUGCGUGAAAUUUUAAAAAUGGGAAAAAUAUCAAAUUCCUGAACUUUUUUUCAAAUUUAUGAAUCUAUUCAAAAAUGUUCGGAAUUCCAAAUUUGUUUGUGUUUUUUUGAAAAAGUUCAGAGUUUAAAAAAUUGUUAAUAUUUUCAAAAUUUGUUCGCAAUUAUAAAAAAUGUUCGCAUUUUCAGAAAAGUUAAGAUUUUCGAAAACAAACUGUGUUUCAAAAAUUGUUCAUUUUUCCAAAAUUGUUCAGCAUGUCAAUUUUUUUCUCAUUUUUCAAAAAAUCAGUAUUUUAAAAUGUUAUCCAUUUUUCAAAGAUUGUCCACGUUUUCAAAAAAUGGUUUGCAUUUUAAAAAUUUGUUCACUGAAAAAUUGUUCACGAUUUCAAAAAAGGUUAGGGUUUGAAAUUUUGUUCGUGUUCUAAAAAAUUGUUCAUUAUUCCAACUUUUGUUCUCAUUUUGAAAAUUUGAUCAGAAUUUCAAAUUGUGUUCAAUUUUUUCACAAUUUUGAAAAAUGUUUGCGUUUAAAACAACUGCAUACAAAUUUUUGAAAAAACAUUCAAAUAUGUUGCUUCGCAUAGUUCUUAAUAUUCCGCGCUGCUAAAUUGUCAAUAGAGACCAGGAGGUCUUGUGUUCGAUUGGCGCCGCCUUUCGGCACCCGUAUAAUCUGUCAAAGGUCCAUAUUGUACCGAAGCGGGACUCUUUUUAAAUCCGAUAGCAAAAGGGCCCGUGCGUUGCAACGGGUCCAUCUCUCUUUCAACAUCAAGAUAUCGAGUAGAAACGGCUCAUCAUGGCUCAUAAACUUGGUGCAAAUCUCUAACAUCCUAAAUGUUAGCAGAACAUUCUCAUAUGGAUGUAUUUUGUAGCUUACACUAUUACACAAUGUAUAAUACAUCCUAGAUUAUGUGACCGAGUCAUGUAAUUUUCUUUUAUGACCGGUUGUGGUUCAUUCUUUUUAAUGCACUAUUCCAGUUGCGAUUUUGAUGUAUUUUCUUUUAUUACAACUUUCAAUUAUUUUGAUUUAAUUUGCAACCGUACAACUCCGAUGAAAUAAAAAUGUCAUAUUAUGUCAAUCUGAUCAUAUAGUGAUUGAUUACAUUUUAGUGGAAUCCAUCGCUAAGGAUACAAAUCAGUUUUUACUUAAAAUACUAUUUAAUUUAAGUAGGGUAUAUUACUUUGUAUUAAUUUUCUUUUAUUCUGAAAACGCUUCUGCAUGCAAGUUUGGUCGAUUAUGAUGUGUUUUUAUCAGUAUAAUAUAUUUUUUAUUUUAUAACUAUAUGUGUUGAAUUGUUGAUUCUGGCACAUAUCUUCUACUCUUUACCAAUUAUCGAGGGAUUUUAUGACUUAAUAUGCAGAAAUAGAUGGAGAAGUAAAAAAAAACAUAGUUGUCAUGUGGCAGUACAGGUUUGAGCUGUGAGCCAAGAAUGAUUGAUCUUGUAGCAUGUCUCCAUACUCCCAAAUGUGUCAAGGUGCGUGUGGUUGAGCCCUUGCCUCGUCGAGUCCUACCAUAAUUUUUCUGGCCCCUCCCUUUUUAUUUUUAAUAACUGACCGUCUCUUUGCGACAAUGUAUGUGCGUGUUUUCCGUACCGUGUGCAUGUCGUACUCCAUCAAUGUGUCAGGAUAUUCCUUCAUCACAGCAACGUGAUCCCUCUUGCCACCUCCUUUUUCCUAAUUAAUUAGCCACUAUAUUAGGUCUCUCUUCCUUGGCUUCAUCGUUGUCCCUCGUUAUCUCUCUCUGAGAUCUAAUCUGUUAGAUCGUUUGAAAUAGUUUUGAUUCCCCAGUCGCUCUUUGAGACCCUUUAACCUACUAGUAAGCAUGCACGUGCAACGCACGUCUCAAACAAAAUAUGUUUACAUGAUAUAAUACUAAAAUGAUUUUUACAGAAAAUUCAGAUCGCUACUAAAUGUUAUCAUGUCACUCAAAUUGUUUUUUCAAAAAGUGCGACAUAUUUGUGAUCCAACACACAUAUCAUAAACAUGUCUUCACAUAAAAUUCACUGUCACAUAAUAAUUAUAUUAUAAUUGCUACAAGAACAUAUUCUAAAAACCGCAACUAAGCAUGUUUUGAAGGUCCAGCUUUUGAAGCAAUGAAGGUCCAUCUAUAGAUGCGAUCAAUGAUGCUUCGUUCAAUGUAUGGGAUAUUGUUUUGAGCUUCGUUCUCUUCGUACUUUAAAAUAUGCAUCAAAAAUUGCUUCCUCGGUUGAAAACCAUCCUACAUUGGCAUUAUACAACAUUGUUAUAACAAGUUGUAUGUGCAAUGUGUAUACAGAUAAGCAUGGUGUAAAUAGUCACCUGGGGUAUGGGAAAAUAUAGCUUUCCAUCGCACAAUGAGUGCAUGUAAUUAAAAACCAAAUAACCAGACAAGGCACUGCAUAUAUGAAAUAAACACAUAAUGUGCGUUGAAUGAAUCAACUAAUAUUGUAAUGCGUUUAAAAGAAUCAUACCAGUGUGAGUUUGUUGGAGCAUCAUGAACUAUGCAUUCCCAUUUAGAGAUAUCAUCCUUGAAUGUAGGGUUUGCAACUUCAAGCGCAAGGUUUAGAUUGUCGGCCACGGUUUUAAGUACAUUCUUUCCAAAAGUAGGUAUUGGUAUCGGAUCGAAAAUUGAGACAACUUUUCUAUUUUGAUCCAAGACAAACAAUAGAAAUAACCCAAACAUAUACCAAGGCAAUAAAAUCUGCAAUGAUGAAAUAGUUUAGAAAUACAUAGAAUAUUAAUUAAGACCAAGUAAAGCACUGUUACAAAUAAAAAAAAUCUUACCAUAUCACAUUGAGAGAUAUGAUAGUCAUUACUGUCAGGCCAGCUAUGGAACAACCGUUUCAAUGUAGCAAUUUCCAUAUGUUCACAAUGACUUGAGUCUCGUGCAUAAUGGAACAUGGACUAAAGUACGAAUGAGAAAAUAUUAGUGCAAUGAGAAAAAAAAUGUAGUACGUGAUUAUAGUAACUUACACAAAAGUUCAGAUCCAUAUAGUGAGAUGGAAUGUCUCUGAGAAGCUGGACUUCGUGGCGCGCUAGUAUUCGCACAGCCAUAUUAAAGCAAUGAAUAUCCAUGUAUUCAUCAUUGCUUAAAAUGUUUUUAAUUUGUCUCAAAUUUAAGCUAAUAGUGUACGGAUCAGAGCUUUUCACCCAUUCUCUCCUGUAAAAUCAAAAUUCUGUAAAUUAUAAUGACAUCAGAGUAAUUUGUUGGAAUAGAAAAUGAAAUAAAAAAUAUGGCUUACUCUAGUAGAGCGACAUCAUCAACCAUACUGAUGAACAAGCAAAGUUCAUCUAUUAAAUCAUCAUUUGUUGGGUUGACAGACGGUGAAAGAAUAAAUGACCGCGGGAUGAGCUCAACUUCUGUUGAUGUAUUUGAUAUUUUGAAAUUCUCAGGGGGUCUAUCCAGAAUCAUACAUUCUGUGGGAUCUGUGUUGUUAUCGUCCUCUUCCAUGUCUCGAUUUCUUAUAUUAUCAUCAUUCAAUUCUGAGUCCACUAAAAUGACAACUAGUUUUGUUCUAAAAUCUGUCAUAUGUUCCUAUUAAAACAGUAAUAAGAGUUAAAUAGUGAUACAACAUAGAAUAAAUAUAAUGAUACACAGUAAAAAAAUACCUGUGUAGGAAUGUCAGACAACAUAUCUCCAGUGAAGUACUCCAUAAAAUUUACCAUCCACAGACCACAAGAUGACCUGCAUGAUUACAAAUAUAAAACUUAAAUAAACUCAAUCAUUUUUAAUCAAAUUUAUAGAUAUUUGUAUAAAACAACUUUUAGAAUCAUCAAAUGAUCAUGACUGAAACAAGCCGUGAUGAAAACAAAAUUUUCACAAACUUAGUGAA